AUGAUGAAUAAAGGUGCAAUGUCUGCUCCUCAGCAGCAGCAACAGCAACAGCAACAACAACAGCAGCAACAACAACAACAACAACAGCAGAUGCAACAACCACAGACCAGAGGUGAAAUACUGUUUAGAAAUCAACAGUACUUCCAAAAGCAAAUCGAUACAAAGACCAAUCAAAUGUUGGAUAACUUUCAUUCGAUAAUCAAGAUCUCAAAGGUCAACGAAAACAGUCAGAACUUUAGUGAAAUGUAUGAAAUGGAAACACGUACAACAAAUAUUUUAAAUAGUGCAGAAGGAUUAUUAAAGAUCAUUGAAGAGUUGAAACAGAAUAUAAUAUUGAAUGAUUUCUCUACGAUGACCGAGGAGGUCAGACUUCAGAACAUGGUCUAUCAAAGACAGAAUGAAAAGACCAACAAGAUGAUAAAGUCAAUAUCCGAAGAGAUCUCAAGGUCUAUAGCAGAGUUGGAGAAUGAAUAUUAUAAUUCAGAUUAUAAAUUACCACCACCGGUAGUGGUAGAUUCAACAUUAAAUCAAGAUCAACAACAACAACAACAUUUAACAUCAUCAUCAACAAUUCAACCAUUUUCAUUUAAAUCACUUUCACAACAAUAA